AGCCGUUUGGCUUGUAGUACAGUCAGCCCGCAUACCUGUCUCUCUUCCCUCCUCAGCCGCUCUCCUUGAUGCAGCGCGCCCUAUGCGAUGCAAGUGGCCAGCUGCGUGCGCGACGCUGGGCCUAACCUGCCUCACCGCCGUCUCGCUGCGGGGCCAAUCGAGGGAUCCUGGCCUGCUGUCGGUCACGGUGCUGCGGCAGGCGCCGCCGCCCGCACAAGCGCAGGGGCAGCCGGGCGCGCUGGGCCCAGGGCCGCGGCAGGUCUCGCCGCCGGCGCCGGCGGACGCGCGGCCUGGCGCGCUGGACCUGGCGCCGCGACAGGCGUCUGCGGCGGCUCCGGCUCCAGAGGGCGCGCGGAGUUCGGCACAGCGGCAGGCCUCGCCGCCAGCGGCCGCGAGCGCACCGGCAGAGGCGAAGCAAGAUGUGGUGGCAGUGCUGCCACCGCAGGCUGAAGCCCCGCCGCUGGCAGCGGCGAGCGCGCUGGCAGAGGUGAAGCAAGACGUGGUGGCAGGGGUGCCACCGCAGGCUGAAGCCCUGCCGACAGCGCCAGCUCAUGCGGCGACGCGCGCCUGGCGGGACAAGGACUCCGUAGUGCCAGACGUUUGCCCAGUGUGUCCAGAGGUGCCAAAGAGCUUGAUAAUCCUUGACGGCCAAAUCACAGCGGGGCUGGGCGACAGGCAUUUCCUGUUCCAGAGGAUCGGCGGAAUAGCAAGGCUGCUGUGCGCCAAUUUCACGGCGCGGUCGCCUCGCGAGCAGCUCGGGCCCUACUUCAACGACGGGCACCUGGUGAGCGCUAGCGUCGGCUGGGAUCGUUAUUUUGACACGCAGAGCUUUCCGGGACCCAGGCUGUACAACAAAAGUGAUUGGAAGGUGAGAUUUAAUCAGACGCCGCAUGACACGAUUGAGGACAAUCGUUCCGACCAUACGAUCUCUUCGAGGAUGUCUGAUUUUUCGCGGGGCCUGGCCGCGGCGCUUGAAGGUAGGUCUUUCACUUGGCACAUCCGCUCUUGGCUGUUGAGCGACACGUGGACGAAGCUGGCCCGCAAGGUGUGGCCUGGGGUAGAGAAGUGUGUUGGCGAGGUGCAGCUUCGGCGAUCUCCAUUUGUCGGGGAGAUCGCCGGGCAAGUUAUUGCUCAGCUGGGCUUGAAGCGAGGCGGUUUCAGCACGCUCCACAUCCGCAGGCUGAAGGACGUCCGUGCCAGAUGUAAUUCCGACGUGCCAGUAACGCUGCGUUACAUGUCUUGCGCUGCUCAGUCAGAGACAGCCCCCGUGCUGCUCUUCACUGACGAGCUGGACGAGGGCUAUUUGAAGCCGCUGCUGGCAGGCCUGACCGCUCUCGGUCUGACUGUGCACCACGGGGACCCAGUUGCCACCAGGAUCGUGAACGAGCUUGGCACGGGCCCAGACAACUUCCUGGUUUAUUUUGUGAGCAAGGAAAUACAGGCAUGGGCCUCACGCCAAUUCUUCAGAUCAUGGCACAACUGCCCGCCAGUACCCCGGGAGCCGUGCCACUAGAGACCAGCUGCGGAAGUCUCCUCGUCUUCAUCCUCCUCCU